AGACUGAGCAGGAGGAAGUGGGGACGGACUAGUUGAGCUGCACCGGAGGCCGAGGGGCGAGGGGUCUCAAGUGACCCCUGGGAAACUCCGGUGUGCGGGAAGGAGCCGAGCGUCUACAUGAAAGAAGGGACCUGCUCGGAAGUUCGCCCCUACCUGAGCCGGGAGCUCCAGCUGCGGGCUCCGCUGCACUUCCCCCGCGUGCUGGCUCCCGUGGCCGCGUCUACGCACGACCCGCGAGGAUCCGGAUGGCCGUGAGGUGGACUUGGGCAGGCAAGAGCUGCCUGCUGCUGGCGCUUUUAACACUGGCGUAUAUCUUGGUGGAGCUCUCAGUCUCCACUUUGUAUGCCUCUCCCGGAGCCGGCCAUGCCAGGGAGCUGGGGCCAAGGCGCCUCUCAGACCUUGAGACCAGGGAAGAGGAUUUGUCUCAGCCUCUUUAUAUAAAGCCCCCUGCAAAUUCCCGUGCUCUUGGGGAAUGGGGGAGAGCAAGCAAACUCCAGCUCAACGAGGGCGAACUAAAGCAGCAAGAAGAACUCAUUGAGAGAUAUGCUAUCAACAUUUACCUCAGUGACAGGAUCUCUCUGCACCGCCACAUAGAGGAUAAAAGAAUGCCUGAGUGUAAAGCCAAGAAAUUCCAGUACAGGUCGCUUCCCACCACCUCCGUCAUCAUCGCCUUCUAUAACGAGGCCUGGUCCACUCUGCUUCGAACCAUCCACAGCGUUUUAGAGACUUCUCCUGCGGUGCUUUUGAAGGAGAUCAUCUUGGUCGAUGACUUGAGUGACAGAGUUUAUUUGAAGGCGCAGCUUGAAGCUUAUAUCAGCAAUCUCGAUAGAGUUCGCUUAAUUAGAACCAAUAAGAGAGAGGGCCUAGUCCGGGCCCGCCUGAUUGGGGCCACUUUUGCCACCGGGGAUGUCCUCACUUUCCUGGAUUGUCACUGUGAGUGUAACUCUGGUUGGCUGGAACCACUUUUGGAAAGGAUUAGUAGUGAUGAAACAGCAAUUGUAUGUCCUGUUAUCGAUACUAUUGAUUGGAAUACUUUUGAAUUCUACAUGCAGACUGGGGAGCCCAUGAUUGGUGGGUUUGACUGGCGUUUAACAUUCCAGUGGCAUUCUGUCCCCAAACAUGAAAGGGACCGGCGGACAUCAAGAAUCGACCCCAUCAGGUCACCCACCAUGGCAGGAGGACUGUUUGCUGUCAGCAAGAAGUAUUUUCAGUACCUGGGAACUUAUGACACUGGGAUGGAAGUUUGGGGAGGCGAAAAUCUUGAGCUGUCUUUCCGGGUUUGGCAGUGUGGUGGCAAACUGGAGAUCCACCCAUGUUCCCACGUGGGCCACGUGUUUCCCAAGCGGGCGCCAUAUGCUCGCCCCAAUUUCCUACAGAAUACCGCUAGGGCAGCCGAAGUAUGGAUGGAUGAAUACAAAGAGCAUUUCUAUAACCGAAACCCACCGGCAAGGAAAGAGGCCUACGGUGAUAUUUCCGAAAGGAGGCUGCUGAGGGAACGGCUGAAAUGUAAGAGCUUCGACUGGUAUUUGAAAAACGUGUUUUCCAACUUGCAUGUCCCCGAGGAUAGACCUGGCUGGCACGGAGCUGUCCGUAGUAUAGGCAUCUCUAAUGAGUGUUUAGAUUAUAACGCUCCUGACAACAACCCCACAGGUGCUAACCUUUCAUUGUUUGGAUGUCACGGUCAAGGAGGCAAUCAAUUCUUUGAAUACACUUCAAACAAAGAAAUCAGAUUUAAUUCUGUGACUGAAUUAUGUGCAGAGGUCCCCGAACAUAAGGAUCACGUGGGGAUGCAGAACUGUCCCAAAGAUGGGCUCCCUGUUCCAGUGAAUAUCAUUUGGCAUUUCAGAGAAGACGGGACUGUUUUUCACCCUCACACAGGACUGUGUCUCAGUGCUUACCGAACAUCUGAAGGCCGACCUAGUGUUCAGAUGAAAACGUGUAACUCCCUUGAUAAAAAUCAGAUCUGGAGGUUUGAGAAAUAGAAGAGCAGCUUCUUUUUGGGAGCUGACUGCAGCUUCUGGGAAGUCCAAGUGCCUUGGUGAUGAUUGUACUUUAUCAGAAGUCACCCUGCAGCUGUCUGUAAGAACGCUGGAAAGCCAUGGUUCAUUUGGGGAUAUCUGAAACUGGGUAUACAGAGCACUACUCAGUAUUUCAAAGUGCCUUCUUUCCUCCUGGGUUGUUUUAUUUAAAAGCCUUGUCACUAUGGUCUCCUACUUUAAAGAAAGCUGCUGUGAACUGAGAUGCACAAAACACUUAAAUGUGGGCUGUGAGUUAGCUCAGCAGUGGACUGUGCCCAGCAUGUGCAAGAGCCUGAAUCUGAUCCACAGCACCGCAAAACAUUUAAGUGUAAGACUUAAUGUUAAAGAAUGUAAAAGUCCAAGCAAAAUGGGAUAUGAUUCAUGCUGAUAGGGAAAUUUGUUGCAUGUCCUUUUUUUUUUUAAAUCACAAUGUGUGAAUGUAUAAUUAGAGCUAUUACUAUUUUGAUCACAUAGUAUUUGAAUUUCUUUUAGCCCAGCACAUUAAAUUUGAGGUCUUUUAAAAACUAAUUUUUCUUUGAGGAAAUAAACGUUGAAGAAAUGUGAUCUGGAGAAAAAGGCCUGAUGUUGAUAUAUGUUUCAUUGGAAGAGGGUAUUGAUCUGAAUGCAAGUUUGGAGAUUUUUUUUUUUUUUUUUUUUUUUUGAGAGAGAGAGAUCUUAGGCAUCCCUGGCUAGCCUUGAGCUCUUGAGUUUUGCUUCCACCUCCCAAGUACCGGGAUUACAGAUGUGUGCCACCAGAUGGUGGGGGGUCUUUUUUGACAGACAGGUAUAUCAGAAAACUAGACUCAGGUUAAAAUGAGACCAUGAGACAUUCACAUCCUGUUCUUUAUAACUGUGAGCUGUUGGGCUGAACUGACCUGCAUAGCAGUGCAUCACACCACUGGCUCUGUGAACUUAUUUGUGAAUAUAGGGCAUUUUCUGGUCGCACUUCCUUAAGUUGUGAAUGCACUAGAAUCGGAUUCAUUCAGAAUACUGAGCCUCCCUUUGUUAAUACUUUUAAAGUAAACACAAUUGAGACCUCUCUGAAGCUUGACCCCCAAAUGUGUUUACUGAAAUGUGUGAAACUGAAAGUGGGCCCAGUCGUGCAAAGAUUGUUCCACUCCCCCAAGAGUUCUCCCUAACCGGGAAAUUUGGAGGAUUUAUUUCCAGAUUGCAAGGGGGAAAACAGACAUCUUGGUAAUUGGUGAUGGCUGCCUUUAAGCUCAUGGUCAGCACCUGGCAGCUGGCGCACUCAGCAACCCUUACUGUGAAUGAACAAUAACGUCCUCACUGGGAGGAGGACGUAGGUUUAGUUUGUCUUUCUUGGGCCUCAGUUUUCCAUUCUGAAUUGCUAGAUUGCUUCUUGAGGAUCCAUUUCCAUCUACAGGCCAAUCGUAUAUCCCCCCCUGUCCUCCGUUCACCCACCGUGCGAUUUCUAGGAACACUUUUGUGUCUUUUAACGUAGCGGGCAGUGUUCAGUUUUGAAGAUGGAAAAGCAACUUUCAGACUUAGGUGAACUAAGCUCCCCUGAAGUGGUGUGUUUCUCAGUGGAUGGUAUUGUAGUUAUGGUUAUUUUAUUUUGACAAUUGUUGAACUGAUCUUGUUUUUUAAAACUUGUACACUUUCAAAGCAAUUCUUUGACUAAGAAUAUAAGUAUUUUCCAAACUAAAUUAUUUCAGAAGUAAGCAUGUUUUAAGACAUUUUUACUGGUUCCUUACUAACAUUUUUCCAGAAAUCACAGGCCAAAAAUUGGGAGUGAGUCUCAGAUUUUUGACAAAAAUGCAUGCUCUAUAGAGAAGGAGCCCACAGGAAUUCAAAAAAGAUUGUUUCAGUCUUCACUUAAGAGCUUGGAUGGAGAGAGGGAUUAUAAACUCUGAAUUUAAGUAAAUUGUUUAGGAUGACCAUUUCAAAACAUUAAAGUUUGUGUGUACUUGUGACUUUUUUUUCCUCACAGACUCUUAGAAUGAAAAUCUGUUCCUACUUCUCCAUAACUUAUUCAACAACCUUAAAGUUUAUCAAAGGCUUGUCUAGAUAAACUUGGGCAAUGCCUGACCCUGGAUUUUAUUUAAGGAGAAUAUAUAAAAAUGCUCAUUAAGAAGGAAGUUUUCCUAAGUGCACUCUUGCCUUGCCAUGUCUUCUUAAAAACUAUUUUUAAAAACUUUUUUUUGCAAAAUUUUUCUUUUUGCCUUUUUGUUCCGACCAGCCUCCCCCCCCCCAUCACAAGAGUGCAUUAAAAUGGAUGAGAUUUGGAAGUGACUACUGAGAUUACUUUUAUAUAGUAUCUUGAGUCCCCUCUCAAAACAGAGAAGAGGUUUUUAGGACUAACAUAUAUAUAUAUUAAUUCUGUGUUUACCUUUUUCUCACUGUAUGUGGUCAUGACCCACCAGUCCUCUUUAGUCUGGUAGUUUAUUUAUAUUCAGAAGAGUAAAAUUUAGAAUACUAUAUGUAAUAAAGGAAAAUAGAGUUGUGUUUUAUAUGUAGGCGUGUUCCAAUUUCAUUUGAAAAAUACACCAUAUUCUUUCACUUAUUUCCAUUUUUUGUCACUUACCUAUUUUUUCUAUUUUGUUAUAGACAUUUGGGGGCUGACCUUGUAAGCAAAUUUAUAUGUUUAAAUGUUAGGAAAAUAUUUGAUGAGCAAGGAGAUUUCCAUUUUGUUGUUUACUGACCAGUCCUGUGAAUAGAUUAUCUACAUAAGAAUCUUAGUCGUUGUUUUUAUUUUAAAAAUGAUAAUGUAGUCAUCAGAAGGAAUUCCAUAACUUUAAAUUCCUUGUUUGUAAGGGAAAGUGUGUUUAUUCAGCCAGUAGUCUGUUCUUGCCUAUGCAUCGACAUUAGCAGAUUGAAAUAUUCCGGGCAAAAGACAGAUUUCUUUUCAAGUUGUCUACUCUUAGUUAUUUCAUUGUCUCAGUUUUAAUGAAUAAAACUUAGAUUUGACUUGUCUUUUGGAAUUGCUGCUUUAACAAUAUUUUUGAAUGAGCACAAAGCCAAGGUUCAGACUUAUAUUUUUGGAACAGUGACUGUUUCUUUUUGUUAAUGGUUUUUGUAAUCUUGAUGAAGGUGUGCAAUAAAUGUAUGCCUCAUCUUUGCAAAGGGAUUCUGAUGAUUUUAGUCUAUAGAAUUAGUGUUCACAUGUACACAUUUAGGAUGUAGUAUGAUAGUUACAGAAACUAUCUAUAUAACUAAGUAAAUUGGUUUACUUACUUGAUAGUUCAGACAGAGUCUAAAAUGUCAGACUUCCUCCCUGACCAUGUAAGAGGCCGUUAACCAGGAAGGAGGCGGUGUCAGCACAGUUAUGCCUUAACUGCAGCUGGGCAAACGGAAGUGACAAGCAUCUCUGGGACCCGUUUAGUCGAUGUACAAGAAACAAGUGGUUCCCUGGGCAUGUGGGCACUUCUCCCUUCAAGAUACUUGUCCCCUCAACCAUGCAGCCUUACUCUUCCUGUGUCCGCCAGUGCAGCGUAUCGUGCAUGUGUGAUUUUUUUUUUCUUUUGAGAUGGGGUCCCAUGAAUCCCAGAUUGUUCUCAGAUUUGCUAUGCAGCCAAAGAUAACCUUGAACUUCUGAUCCUCUUUCUACCUCUUAUCAAAUGCCCUGCACACUUGUAGAUCUUCAACUGAGGCUCUUUCUUCCCAGGUGACUCCAGAUUAUGUCAAGCUGACAAAAUAAUAAUAAUAAUAAUAAUAAUGAGCAGGUGCUCACUCUCUGAGUUGACUCUUAACUUUGUAAAUCACGUGUUAUCUGUGUGUCUCAGUCUCAUGAAUAUAAAGAGGAAGAUUGAACACACUGUAUGCAGUACAUUUGUGGUUGCCAGGGCUUUAGAGAGGGAGAAACUAGAGAAUGGCUGCUAAUGGAGAAUUUUUCUUUUCCGGGUUAAAGGGAAGAAAAGUGGUGUCAUGAGAAUAUUCUGGAUUGAGUGAUUCCACUUGGUGCAAAAUACUGAAUUGUGCAGUAAAGGGUAGGGCUUAUAGUAUGUGAAUUUUAUCUCAAUUUAAAAUGUACUUGUGGACAAGAAAAGAGCCUGGGAAAUUCCAGGCUUCCCAAAGAAGAGAAUUUUUGUAAUGCAUGUGUUAACUGUGCAGCUUAGUGUUAGGAGGAAGGUAAAAAGUCAGUUUAUAUCAGUUUUUCCUAGAAAUUCUGAGAACCUACAGUCUAUCCCUUUGCCUGGAAGGUGGAGGGUACAAAAGGGGGAACAAAUGCCUUAGUCAUAUUAGCUGUGCCAUGGCAGAAUGGACAACGAGAACAUCUUUCUAAUUUCUAAUAAUAAUCAGAUACACUUUUUUGCUUCUGCUCAGCUUUAUGGCUUGCCAGGCUAGGCACGACAUGCUAGCACUUAAUAGCUAAGAGAUAUCCCUUGCGGUCUGCUCAGCGUUCUAAGUCAUUUGUUUGCAGUUCUCUAACCUGUUCCGAAGGGGAAAGGGAGGGACUGUUGACCCAAGAACCCUUUAGCUCAUGCUUCUGUGUGCAAGAUGCUAUCAUGUGCUCUAAAUAUACAUGUACAAGAGAACAAAACAGAUGUGUUUCCCCAAAUGAUAUGAAGAGUUCAUAGUCCAAUGGGAAAGACAAAUAUGAGCAAGGAAACACACAAAUCCCUGUGUAACUACUGUGAUGGAACAAAGGAACAGUCAGCACUGAGGAAAAGGAACAGGUUAGGGGUGGCAAUCAAAAUGGAGUAUGAGAGAAAGGAAUAACUGACCACAAAAGUAAUAUUUAACAGAAGCCCGAAAAAGGGACUCAGCUACCUGGAGAUAGCAGAAAGGGAGUGUACAAGAAAGGCCAAGGGCUGGAAAGACCUGCCUUAGGGAAGUGGGGAAAAGGUAAAGGGUAGAGUGUGUCACUCAGAGGGAGACCGAGAGAGAGGAGCUUGUAGAACAGGCAGCCAGAGCUAAAGUAGGAGUUGGACUGGAGGCAGUAAAAUGGCGGCUGAUGGCCCUAAGGAAGAUUUGCCACCGUCUUAGUCCCUAGAACCUAUGAUGUGGGUUUUUUAGGGGCAAAAGUGUUUUUAAAGUCAUAAUUUAUGGUCUUUCUGAGUGCUAAUUUUUUUGACAAGUGCCGUUAGAAGAAAAAUACACAGUAGCUCAUGCCUAUAAUGCAGCCUUGGAAAGGCUGAGGGAGGCCUGAGUGGGAUACAGAGUGAAAUACAGGCUCAAAAGCAAAACAAACAAGCAGACCACUCCCACCCAACCCUCCCCUAUAGCACUGUUGGAGUUAGAGGCAGGGGGAUUGGAAACCCAGGGUCGUCGUUGGCUACAUUACAUGGACUCUGUUAACCAAAUAACAAAAGCAAACAAGAAUGAUAUCCUCCAUAUUCUAGCUUGAGUAUUUAGUAUGUUCUCGUACUUUUGAUGUUUUAGUAUGUUUGAUGUGGAUUGAGGGGAUCAUUUGCCAAAGAUGCUGGUUCAACAUAUAUGGGGCAGGACCUAGAGACCUACAGGUAUAACAGACUCCUUAGGUGCCUGCUAUGGGAGGCUUGGCUUCCUGUGUACAUGAAAACUGUUGCCCUAAUAGAGGAAAUGAUGUGUUAAGAGUUUUGCUGUGAUAGAGGGCAGUGGUGAUCCGGGAUAGGUCAUUUGGUUAACAUGUAUAGGAACAUAGAUUUGAUCUCCAACAACCUGUGGCACAUGCCUGUGAUCAUUAGGGAAGCUGAGGAUUACUGAGAGUUUAGAUAUGCCUGGGCUACCCUCAGAUACCCAGUCCCCAAUUCAAACAAGUAAGUCAGAAGCAGAUAAGAGGAGGCAGACUGCAGGGAGGCGGCCACUGAAGAGGCACUGAGGGAGAGGGACUGGGACUACCCAGGGCCUUUGGAGGGACUGUUUUUUGUCAACACCUUGACCUCUGGCCUUCAGAACUGUGAAGAAUAAACUUCUGUUGUUUUAACUUUCUAA